AUGCUGGCCCCAAUGUCCCUUUUCUCCGUCAAUGCGAUCCUCAUCAUGUCCACGGACGACUCGUCCCGGAUCUUCGCAAAAUACUACUCCCCUCCACACCGUCCCGCUGGCACUUCAGCCAACUCAACAGACUACCCUGGCGCAAACCCAUACCCCAACCUGAAGGACCAGAAGGCAUUUGAGAAGGGCCUGCUUGAGAAAACAGUAAAGCAAACGAGCGAUAUCAUUCUGUACGACAAUCGGGUCGUGGUGUUCAAGAUGGAGGGUGAUGUGAUGCUCUACGUCGUUGGCGCCGCGGAGGAGAAUGAGGUGUUGCUGUAUAAUGUCGUCCUUGCCCUGAGGGAUACGUUGAAUAUUUUGCUACGUGCCGGCGUCGACAAGCGCAGCAUUAUUGAAAACUACGACCUUGUUUCGCUGGCUAUUGACGAGAUUAUUGAUGAUGGCAUCUUUUUGGAAACGGAUGCUGUUCACGUUGCCUCGCGUGUCAGCCGCGCUCCGGCGCAAGAUAUGCCAAAUAUGAAGGGAAUUGAUCUGUCGGAACAGGGCUUGUUAAAUGCGUGGGAGUUUGGGAAGAGGCGGAUUGCGGAGCAGUUGCGGCAGGGGCUGUGA